AUGGAUCGAGUGGAAGGAUUGUUGAAGGGUCUGAAGCUCUCGGAGUCGGAGAGGAAGGGGAGGAAGAUCAACUGGAGUGGAGGAGGAAAGGUGGGGGAUGGGGAACCGCAGGCGAUUGCAAAGUUAUUCUCGGAUAAGCCAGCCAUGGCGGAUGCGUUGGCAGGGGCGCUGGCUAAAGCCUGGUGUCCCAUGAAAGGCCUAGACUGCAAGGACCUGGGAGAUAAUGUCUUCUUGUUCACUUUUCAUCAGCAGUCAGGAAAGAGGAAAGCACUUGAAGAUGGCCCGUGGGAGUUUGGGAAAUCAGUUCUUGUGGUGGAGGACUUUGUGCCAACUAAAACAGUUAAGGAUUAUGAGUUUAGAUGGAUUCCGAUAUGGGUGAGGGUAUUUGACCUUCCCCUGGGCAUGAUCUGUAGGGAUGCGGGGGAGGCAAUCGGUAAUUUCAUGGGAAAGUUCGUGGACGCUGACGUGGGUGUGAAUGGAAUGGCGGUGGGGAAGUACCUCCGAGUGAAGACAAGAAUAGAUAUCUCCGAACCGCUGAUGAGGGGUUUUAUGCGGGAUGAGGGCGAGGAGGAAGCUGCCGAAAGGGAAAAGAGGAUGGGAAGGGAGAAGAAAGAGGAAGAGCUGUGGUGCCGCUUCGAAUAUGAGUUUUUACCAGACUUUUGUUACACGUGUGGCAUGCUGGAUCACAUCGACAAAGACUGCAACAUCAAGUUGGGGAGGGGCGAAAGUCAACAGUAUGGAUCAUGGUUGAAAGCUUACAUUCCAAGGAGAGGCGGGGAAGGCAAUAGAGAUCACAGUGAUCCUCCGCGAAUAACGAGUAAAAACAGUGCGGAUGAAGAGGUUACAAGUCCCCUGAAAGAUGGAAGAGAGGGUGGGAAAAAUACUCAGAACCCAAUAGCUGAGGUGGUAAAGAGAAGCUUAACCUUCGUAGAGGAAGAGAAGAAGGAUGGGAAGGACACAAACAUGAUGGAUCAGAACACAUCGGAGAUUAGUAGGAGUAAUGUAAAGGAAAAGGGGGUACUAGCUGGUGUAGUUGAGGCUCGCAGCAGUGUGAAGGACGGGGUUGGUUUGGCCGAAAUGGGAAAGAAGGGCGAGGGAGGUGGAGACAGAAGGGGUGGGAGAUUCAUGAGGAAAGAGAGGGGGGCUGGGCAGGGGAACCAGGAGAAGCUAGAUGUCCAGGUGGGAGGAAAAAGAGGAGUGGUGCCGAUGGAUGUUGAUGGCAAGGAAGGGGAGAGAACAAAGAAAGCCAAGGUGAAUGAGGAGAACAAAAACACCGGUGAGGUGAACGCGGGGCUGUCGGAACAGCCCUGCAUAAACCAAUGA